UUCCCUAGCAUUGAGCCAGGGCAGUUAAAGCGGUCUCAAGCCGGAGGGCCCUCCUCAGCGCACUCCCCCCUUUUGCAUUAGAGGCCUCUCUGCCCGCCUUUCCUCUCCUCUGCGCCGGGAGUUGGAGGAGAGGGCCCUGGGCCUUUCUUGAUCCCUCCGGAUCCAGGCUCUCCAGUGAGGAAGGAGGUUCAGCUGCUGGAGUCCAGAGCUAUGGCUGAGCCCUUGGGAGACUGCAGCCCUCCUCUCUGCAGGAACGGCUGGGAGAACGGAAAGGAUAAUUUGCACCCAAGAAAUCUGAUUCCAGAGCUCUGCAGGCAGUUUUAUCACUUAGGAUGGGUUACAGGGACUGGUGGUGGUAUCAGCAUGAAGCAUGGCAAUGAGAUAUAUAUUGCUCCCUCUGGUGUCCAAAAAGAAAGAAUUCAGCCUGAGGAUAUGUUUGUAUGUGACACUGAAGAACGAGACAUCAGUGGGCCUCCACCACACAAAAACCUAAAGAAGAGCCAGUGUACACCCCUCUUUAUGAAUGCUUAUACCAUCAGAGGAGCAGGGGCAGUGAUCCACACUCACUCCAAAGCUGCUGUAAUGGCCACACUUCUCUAUCCUGGUAGUGAAUUUAAAAUUACUCAUCAGGAGAUGAUAAAAGGAAUCCAGAAAUGUACCACAGGAGGAUAUUUCAGGUAUGAUGACACCUUAGUGGUUCCCAUUGUCGAGAACACACCUGAAGAGAAGGAUCUGAAGGAAAGAAUGGCCAAGGCAAUGAAUGAGUAUCCAGAUUCCUGUGCUGUGCUAGUUAGACGUCAUGGAGUGUAUGUCUGGGGAGUAACUUGGGAAAAAGCCAAGACUAUGUGUGAAUGUUAUGAUUACCUCUUUGAUAUUGCAGUUCAAAUGAAGCAACAUGGACUUGAUCCUGCUGUAGUUCCUACUAAAGAAAAUGGGAUUGUUUAAAAUCAAAUGUCAUCUAAGGAUGACUCUCUUGUUUCAGUGGAAUAUUAUCAAAGAGCUUUUUAGCUUCAUAUCUAUGUAGAUGUAAUUGUUUUGCAAAAUGUUCUUAUCAGAUACAUCGAUCCAUUUGUUAAAAUCACGAAGGAUUUGCAAGAUAGUUUGGACUAUUGCAUUAUAUGGAACGUUCCUAGCCCCUUAAUCUCGCAAUAUAACUGAGAGUAGUUUUGCUUCAAGUUCUUGGUUCAUAUAGGAGACUCCCCCCGCCCUCAGUAACAUUCUCUUGUUAAAAUUGCUGUAAACAAUUUUAAGCUUAAUAUUCAGCUAUGAAAACCUGACAGAUCACUUAAUGGAAAUGUCAUAAAUGUUUGAAAAAACUUUAAAUUAGAACAUGUAGAGUGCCAUGUAUAAAAGCUAUUCUACAAAAAGACAUUAGCCUUCCCUUUUUGAAUAAGUGUUACAAUAAUGAUUUUUAUAACUGUAUUUUUUACUUCAAUAAGCUGGAAUUUCUUUA